AAAAAAAAAAAUAAAUUCAAGCGAAAGUUAUGUUUGGUGUUUUGCUGUCAUUUUCAUCCUCACUCAAAUAAUCUCGAUUUUUUUUUACAAUCGUCAGCUUGUUCCUCACAGAGUUGUGUUACGCCGACUUGAAUUUAGCAAAUUCUUCAUAAUAUAUAAAUUCCUAAACCCAACGAUUCAAAAUAAUAUAAUCAAAUUUAUAUACAAAUUUAAAGUGCAGUAUUUUUUAAGUUAGUUUCUAUCCCGGUCCACUUUUCUGUGUGUCGUAAGUUUUUUCACGAUCUCGAUAGAACAAAAAAAAAAAAACACAGAAACAAAAGAAAAUCCAAAUUAUCAAAUCAAAGCUUAUUCUUUGAAGCUAUAUUCCCAACAAAAAGGAAGACUUUUUGUCUGCAUUUUAGUUCACCAAAAUCCAGCAAGCACAAAAAUUGUGUGCAACAACGGUGUCGUCGUCGUCGUCGUCAUGAACAACGGCUUUAGUACGGGCGAAGAAGAUUCGCGUGGUCAUCACACCGAUCAAAUAUGUUGUCUCAUUGACGACAACGAACGCUGCCAUCGAGCAGCUGGCUACGCUUCUUACAGCAAACGUAUACAAAAGACUGUUGCUCAAAAAAGACUUAAACUUAGCAGUGAUCCAACAGCCCAACACAUUUACAUUUGUGAUUAUCACAAAGGACGCAUUCAAAGUGCACGAACUAAACGUCGACGAAAGGAUUCCGAAGAUGAUAGCAAUGAAACGGACACAGAUCUGCCCGAAGUCGAUCUCUAUCAGCUGCAAGUGAAUACUCUGCGUCGUUAUAAACGCCAUUACAAAGUGUCGACGAGGCCGGGAAUGAAAAGAGCACAAUUGGCUGAUACAAUAAUGAAACAUUUCAAAACGAUACCGAUUAAAGAGAAAGAAAUUAUCACAUAUUUCAUUUACAUGGUCAAAUCAAAUUCAAAUAAACUGGAUCAGAAAAAUGGUAUCGGAAAUGACACCACUUGAGUAGCACUUCAGCCGCCACCGCCGCCCAAACGCAAUGCAGAGAGCAAUCCUAAACAUUAAGUUCUACAAUAUACUUACGACAAAAAAUUAAAAUUAACAAAACAAAAAUAUUUUUUUAGCAUUGUAAAAUACCUACUAAAAAAUUGUUUUUGCUAAAUAUUUGUAUUUAAUAUUGUUUUUUUUUUUCUUAUUUUUUAAUUUUAUUUUUUUGUAAUUUGUAAAGUUAGAAUUUAUAUUUAAAUAUAAAACUUAAUAAUAAAAAAAGAAAGAUAAAUUACAAAUGUUAAGUCCGUAAGAGAGAGAUAGAGAGAGACAUUGUUUUAAAUAAAUUGAAAAAUAAGAAAGGAGAAAUAAAAAUAAAAUAAAAAUAGAAAACUAUGCAAAAAACCCACAAAAAGUAAAACAUCGAUGUUUAGUUCUUAAGCAAAUAAAAUAAAAAAUAUAUAUAUUAGUCUAAAAUAAAAUUUAAGUAUUUGUCGUGUAAUGAGAGAGACUUCUUUGUUGUCUUUAAAGCAAACAAAAUAACAAAACUAUGAAGAAGAGCUUGAUAUUCA